UCAGUCGGUCUGUGUGGCCGGUACCGGACGAUCCACGACGGUGAGUUCCGCUCAGAGGAACCGGUACCGGGCAGCAGGAGGAGCGGAUGUGAAGUCCCGGAUUGACCGGACUGGACGUGUCGUCACGGGCUCGGAGUUCACUGCGCGGCGGCGGCUCGUGUUGUGGUUGUUGCUAAGCUAACUCCGCGUGAGGACCGCAGACAGGUUAGUGAUGGUAACCGGCCACUAGUUACAAGUUAGUGAAGGCUACCGAGUACUGUGUGUGGAGGUCCAGCUCUUCUGGUGACUCGAACUGUCUCAGGUCUUUUCUCAGACUCGGGGCUCUGUGCCCCUCUGACUCUGUUGCCCACCCCCGCCAGGGUCUGUUGACCCCCCCCAGGGGUCUUAGUGGGGCAGCAGGAAUGCGAUCUGCUUGUCGGGGUUCGUCCAGAACUUGUUGGUUGACUUGGAGGUGACGUCUGAGGGAACUCUCAGUCUUUGACUCCACCGCCACUUCCUCCACGCUUUGGCCAUGCCCACCAAUCAGUCGUCCCCGUGGGACGGGAGGAAGCUGCGGCCCCGCCCUGACGGUACUGCCACCGCAGCCACCAGAGUGCCUUCAGCUCAGCUCUGUGACGGUCCGUCCACUCGGACAGACCGGGCCAAAGACGUCUCCCUGUGGGGGGGCGACACUGGCGAUCCACCUGCCCCCUGGAUUUGCCCCACCACUGUGCCCCCCGGGUGUUUGCCCCCCGAGCUGCAGCGUGCUGACGGGCCACCCAGACGUCCACAGCAGCUGAUCAGGAGACUGAACACCAAGCAGCUCGGCAUCGCGUCUAAAGAUGCUGAAUCCUUCCCAUUGCCUUCUCAGUGCCUUCAGCACCAGCAGGCCUCCUCCACCUCCUCGCCGCGGGUCUCCACCUCCUCCCGGAGAGACGCCCGUGCCACCCGGCGAAUCCUCUCCGGUAAGGUGUCCAGACGGCGCCCGGCGGUGAGCAGGCGCCCGCUGUCUGCAGAGCGGCAGCUGCUGGUGAGAGGAUGUCCUCCUGCGGGGUUUUCCUCAGCAGCAGCUGGAAGCAAACGGACACCAGGCCUGGACAGGAGGAGCAGCUCCCAGGAGGAGGUGGAGGAGGCGGUGCACAUCACAGUGAGCUCCGUCACCUCGCACAUCUCCUCCAUCUGCCUCAGCACACCUGCACCACCUGCAGCUCCUGCACCUCCUGCAGCUCCUGCAGCCUCCUCUCCGCCUGGACCUCCUGCAUGUGACACUGUAACGUCUGGCGAUCAGAGGUCAAACCAUGGGAUGCAAGCAAAUGUGGGGGAGGAGGAUGAGGAGGAGCCCAAUGAAGAUCUGGAGAACAACCUGAGUGAUGAGUCGGACUGCUGUUCCAUCACUGCCACGUCCUCCUGCACCUCCAUAGCUGCAUCCUGCAGCAUCGAGGAACCCAUGUCAGCCGAAGACGUCGAGGAACAUCCGGCUCUGGUUCCCAGUUUGUUCCCCCUCACCGCCCCGACUCUGUACUUCAGCACAGCUAAUGAGAAAGUGGAGCUGCUGCCUGCAGAGCAGCGCCGGCUGUUGAAAUGGAAGCUGACUACCGUCACUCCAAACGUGGUGAAACACACCAUCGCCAGGUCGCACUUCAAGGUCACCAAAAAGAGCAGCGACUGGCUGGGCUGCUGGGGACACCACAUGAAGUCUUCUGGCUUCAAGGCGCUGGCUGAGCACCAGAAGCUGAAUCACUUCCCGGGGACGUUCCAGAUCGGCAGGAAGGACCGGCUGUGGAGGAACCUGUCCAAGAUGCAGCUCCGCUUCGGGAAGCAGGAGUUCGGCUUCUUCCCGCGAACCUUCGUCCUCCCCCAGGAUAUCAAGCUGCUGCGCAAGGCCUGGGAGGACGCCGGCUCCAGGCAGAAGUGGAUCAUCAAGCCUCCGGCCUCGGCCAGAGGAAUCGGGAUCCAGGUGAUCCACAAGUGGAGCCAGCUUCCCCGAAAGAGACCUCUGCUGGUGCAGAAGUACCUCCACAAGCCCUACCUCAUCGGCGGCAACAAGUUCGACCUGCGCAUCUACGUCUACGUCACGUCCUACGACCCGCUCAGGGUCUACAUCUUCUCCGACGGGCUCGUUCGGUUCGCCAGCUGCAAGUACUCGUCUUCCAUGAAGACUCUGAGCAACAAGUUCAUGCACCUGACCAACUACAGCGUCAACAAGAAGAACGCCGAGUACCAGAGCAACAGCGACGACAAGGCCUGCCAGGGACACAAGUGGGCUCUGAAGGCCUUGUGGCAGUACCUCGGCUGCAGAGGAAUCAACACCACGCUGAUCUGGGAGAAGAUUAAAGACAUUGUCAUCAAGACCAUCAUCGCGUCGGAGCCGUACGUCAACAGUCUGCUGAAGAUGAACGUCCGCUCCACGUACAGCUGCCACGAGCUGUUCGGCUUCGACAUCAUGCUGGACGAGAACCUGAAGCCCUGGAUCCUGGAGGUCAACAUCUCCCCCAGCCUCCACUCCAACACGGCGCUGGACGUCUCCAUCAAAGGUCAGAUGAUCCGGGACCUGCUGAACCUCGCAGGCUUCCGUAUUCCUCAGAGAGAGGAGCUGCUCAGUCCCUGCAGCAGCGCCUCCAGCUCCAGCAGCAGUCUGUGUGGAGGCAGCAGAGAACGGAGCCGAGUGGAGCUGUCUGCAGACGAGAAGGUCAAACGAGCGUUUUACCUCACACAGCGCUACGCCGAGCAGGACUUCCUGUCCUCGGUGCUGGACGUGUUGACGCCCGAAGACGUCCGUGUCCUCUCUGAAAGCGAAGACGAGCUGAGUCGCCGUGGAGACUUUGAGCGCAUCUUCCCUGCUGCGCCCUCCUCUCGAUACCUUCGCUUCUUCGAGUGUCCGCGGUACCUGAACCUCCUGCUGGACCAGUGGGAGCAGAGACACUGGAGCAACAGGACCAAAGGCAUUGAUCUGCUGAGGACUCUGUGUCAGAGAGGAGUCCACCUGGGCACCAACGACCCCGCCCACAUGUGGUCGAAGUGCAGCUACAUCUCCAGGUGUGAAGCCCAGAGACAGGACCUCGUCAGCCCCUCCAGAUCCAGAGUGUUAGUCAGCCAUCACACCGAGGAGGACUCUUCAGACCAGGACGUGUCUUCAGUCUGCAGCCUGCCGAUGUCCCCGAGUCCUGAAUCCAGCGUCCCCGAGUCCUGAAUCCAGUGUCCCCAGCGUCUGCAGCAGUCUGGCCCCGCCCACCCCCUGCUGCCAAGCAGCUUCACCUGAUACUUGCUGAAUCCUCACAGAGAUUGUACCACCGUGGCGGUCCCGAUAAGGGGUCCUCCUCCAUCCAGACCAGACUGUUUCCUACUUUUUUUUUUUUUUUUUUUAUCAACCCUGUGCCAUUUCUGUUGGGACUUCAGUCCAGACCAUCCAAGGGAUCACAUUAGUCCAGUGAGUACGUUGAAUGAAAUGAAGACAUAAACAAUCCCAGAGACAUUAAAUGAGCAGAAAUCCUCUAAGAACUUGAACAAAGUUCCACAGAAAACAUGAGUGACUGCAAGUGCAACAAAAUCCAAGAAGACACGAGAAGAAAGACAAAGUGCUGACUGCACCACAGAACCUUCCCUCUGGGGACUUUGUGUAGGUGACCAGGGCCAGCAGGUGGUCUGAGGCCUGUCCUACCCGGUCCAGACGGGUCCCGGCGUCUUGGUGGCCUCUGGCAUCCUUGUGGGUUCUGGUGUCCCUGCGGCCUCUGCCAUCUUUGUGGCCUUGAGCAGUUCUGCACCUUAGGGCAUCCUCUGGUGUCCCCGGUUCAUUGGGCGUCCAUGUGGCCUUGUGCAUCCCUGCUGCCUCUGGCGAGCGAUUCUGCAGCUGAGCGUGCCCAUGAGCAUCCACACAGCCUCAAGCGUCUUGUGGCGUUGUCGGGCGUCCAUGUGGCCUCAGGCGCCCUCGGGUAACCUUAGACAUUCCUGCUGCCUCUGCCGUCCUCAUGGCCUCAGGCCCCCGUGUUGCGUCGGGCGUUCUCGCGGCUUAGUCACAAAUGUCAGUUUUAAUCGAGACAGGAAAAAAACCCAACAAACAUCAAGGACAACGUGGUCAUUACAAAGGCCCACAGAAGCACUUCGGACUCGAGAAAUACGGCAUCGUGAGUAGGAAUCAGACUGACUCAAAUGAAAAUGUUCCGAUAAAAAGUCUCAUUCAUGGUACUAAAAGCAAAGUCGGACAUCAAAGUGUUAAAUUUACAAGGAAUGGGAAAGGGGGCAGCUGGGUUUAAACCCGGGGAAGUUUCUAAUUCUUAUUGAAGAAAAGCCUCUUUACAUUCAGGAAACUGCCACACAGCCAGACCACAACCAGAACCAGACCAGAUCCAAUCUAUAGCCACAACUAGACCACAUCUAAUCCAAACCUAGAACCAGGCCACCUGAUGGUUAUGAUCCCUGAAUCAGGGCCGAUACCAGUCCAGAAUCGUCUGACCCUGGCAGAGGAGGGAGUCACUGUUGGAAUCCAGAUCUGAGCCGACUGAAGGAGAUGUGAGGUUCCUCAGGGAUGACCACUGAGCCCACUGCACUUCCAACAUGAAGUCAUCUGCAUAAAAACACACUGAAAGAUCAACUCACCUGCUACGUUCUCAUGGAACGUUCCACCUCCUGGAGCAUUCAGGGGAUUAAUCAGGAUGUGAUGUCACCACAGACAGGAAGUGACAUCACACCUGCAGUAAGUGGUUUUCCUUUGAUUACACUGCAGUGAAUGUGCAUUUUUUGCAGUUGGUGCGUUUUUUUUACGCCACAUGUUUACAUCAGGAGGCGUGACGAUGACCAUCGUCUCUUGUUUACGACCAAGGGCUCUUCUCUCAGGAUUUCCAUAUCAAAGUUGUUGAUGGCACAUUGGCAGGGGCUGUUUUCACAAAUUGCCCCUUUGGGGAUG